GCAUGCUGUUUAGAACCUUGGCUAGAAACCAUAGCAAUGUUUUGGACAACUUGUAGGCUAGUUCUCAAUAUCCUGUUUCCCUUACGAUUUGCCGAACCACCGCAGCGGCAACCAACGAAUACCGCAGCUUAUUUCUGAAAACCUUGCGCCCAAACCACGCGCACGCUCGCAGAGUUCACAGCAGCAGUUCCUAAAGCGAGCGAGCAUUAUCCCUUCCCCUGCGAAGUCCCCGCCGCCCUGCCCUGUCCUAUUUCUUGCCGCGGCCGCCGCGCAGCCAUGGCAAGAGGCAGACCCUGCCAUCCGCGCGCCAGGACACGGAGGGGGGCGGCGUACUACUCAUGAGCAGCGGCGGCACGAUCCCGUUCUCCUCCGCGGGCGCUGACGACGACGUCGAGUGCCGAGCCUGCUACGGCGUCGCGGUGGCCUGCGUGUCGCUGCUCCUCUUCUGCGUCGUCGCGGCCACGGCCGGCGUCCUCAAGGCCGGCGUCGUCACCGGCGCCGCCGUGCUGCUCUUCGGCGUGAUCGGCUGGCUGGUGCCCGCCGGCGCCUCGACGCGGCGGCCGCGCGGCACGAGCGCGCGGCGGGCGGACGGCGCGUCGGCCGGGUGCGCCUGCCGGCUCGUCGGCGCGGCGCCGGGCGACGUGCCGCCAGCGUUCGCGUACGAGUGCGGCCCCGCCGACGCCGAGGGCGGCGGCAAGCCCGGGGGCGGCGCGCUGUGCGCGGUGUGCCUGGAGGACGUUCGGCGCGGCGAAGCGGUGCGGCGGCUGCCGGCGUGCGGGCACCUGUUCCACAGGGACUGCGUCGACAUGUGGCUGCACGCGCACACGACGUGCCCGCUCUGCCGGUGCGACCUCGUGCCUCGGGCUGGCGCCGCAAAGACAGUGACGGCGGCGGCACCGCAGUCGUCGCGUGAUGUGUUGCCGCCGGUUUAGUUUUUCCUUCGCCGGAUUUCAAGAGUGGUUUUCCAGCAGAAAGCAUUGCCCUGCACAUUAUUGCGGGCCACAUUUGUCUCAUGUGAUUGAUUUGUAUACUUUUAGUCGGUACAUUGUUCAGAUAGAUAGAGGUUCAUUUCCAGACUACAAUACUCUGAAGAUUGUAACAACCAACAAUAUAAUACUGUAACCAAUCA